CUCUAUCUUCCUUUCACUUUCACUUCCACCCCAGGCACGCCCAGCCUGCACGGAGCGAUUUCCCGCGGGGAGCGCUCCUGUGAUCCACCAAACGAGGAGAGGCGUAGCAGAAAACCUUUCCCCCAGUGACACAGCCCUGGCUUUUCCUCACAGACACGAGUCACUUUCGUUUCUCGCCGGCUCCGCCACCGCCCGCCCCUUUCCUCGCCUGGCCCCAGUGCGACAGAGGCAGCGGGCGGCGAUGCUGCGGGGCUGCACCGCGGGGCCUCCCGGGCCCCUCCGCCGCGCCCUGCCUGCUGCCGCCUCGGUCGUCCGCCUCCGCCUGCGGGAGUGCGCGGCGCGGAUCCCGGAGGCCGGAGAGGUGCUGGACAUCCUGGAGAAGUGCCCCGAGCGUCAGCGGAAGGGAGAGUUUCCAGUCGUGGUGUUUGAGGGGCUGGAUGCCACAGGCAAAACCACAGUAACACAGUCAGUUAAAGAUGCCCUGGGUGCUGUUCUGUUAAGGUCUCCGCCAGCUUGCAUCAGCCAGUGGAGGACAAUAUUUGAUGAAGAGCCAACACCCAUUAGAAGGGCCUUUUAUGCUGCGGGCAACUACAUCCUUGCUUCAGAAAUAGCAAAAGCAUCCACUCAAGCACCUGUGAUUGUAGACAGGUAUUGGCAUAGCACAGCUGCUUAUACAAUAGCCACUGAAACAGAUGGUAACAUCCAAAAUCUUCCACCAGAUCAUGAUGCUGUGUAUAAGUGGCCUGAAGACCUGCUCAAACCUGAUCUUGUUCUUCUUCUAACUGUCAGCCCUGAGGAGCGAGCCCGGAGGCUUGAAGGUCGAGGCCUGGAGAGAACAAAGGAAGAGGCUGAGCUGGAAGCUAACAGCUUGUUUCGCCAAAGAAUUGAAGAGUCGUACAGAAGGAUGGUGAAUCCUGCAUGCCAAGAGGUUGAUGCCAGUCCCUCCAAGGAAGAGGUUUUCAAGACAGUGCUGCAACUAAUUAAAAAACACUGUGCCUUGUGAAAGCAACUUCUUUUUAUUAACACUUAAAAUCUACUUUUUAUUGUCCCUUUAUUUGUGCUAGCUCAAAAUGCCCUAUGUUGUUCUUUGUUCCCUGGAAGAACCUUUUAUUUCUCCUGCCAACAGCAGUCUGGUCAGGUUAUCAGUUUCACUGAUGUCUACCGCACUUUUAUGUAUGAAGCAAAAUAGCAUUCACACAUUGUUCAGCAUUCCUGGUAAAGCCACAAGCCUACCAAGGUCUUAAACAAAGUAUGUGAGAGUCCUCUCUGACACUGCGACACUUCAAGAUCCUGUCAGAUUGUAUCAUCAUCAUCAUGAGAACUUGUUCCUGCCUUCACUGUGUAUCAGAAUUCACUGAUUGCAGCAGGAGCAUGAGACGUACAAGGAGAGGAUAAAAUGUAAUCCAGCAGUAAAGCAAUGAGAUGAUCAUAACUUUCUGGAACAGCCUGAUGUUGCUUACUGUAAUAAAGGAUGAGCUGCUGUGAUGAGCUUCCUGUAAGAAGUGUUUCAUAAAUACAGGCUAGUAAGUACCUGGGACUCUAAGGAAUACAGUUCAUGCCUGUCAACGUAUGCAAAUGAAAUGUAAAUUCAUUUCGGAGGGAAAAAAGAGAACACAGACAUGUUAGAAGCAGAGAACAUGAGAUUAAAAGCAUUGGUUAAAUGAUUCUUAAAAUAUCUUUCUACAAAGUAUUUUCUCUAUCCUAUAGGUUUGUCAGUGUAAGUUUGUGUUCUUUUUGAGAGAAUGUGAAAUGACAAAAUGCAGGGAAUUGGAGCAAUGAGGAUGAUGGCACUCCAGUUUUACUCAUAAGUUGUUUUGUUUUUUUUCCCCACAUGUUGAAUACAGAAGCAGGCUACCAGCAAGACUUCAGCCCUGCAAAGUCUUAUUUUUUAUGUAUGUUUGUUUCACUGUUACUCAUAACUAUGAAACAAAACGUAUGGCUAAGCCUUUGGGGGUGUCAGAAGUGAACUGCAGUUCCAGAAAAAAAAAGAAAAGAAAAAAACACUAAUAAAAUGCAAUUUGAUUUAAAACACUGUGGUUACUUUGCUGUGUUAUAUGCUGUGUAAUAUAUAAUAUAAUUAUGAACAAAUCCAACUUGUAAAUUAAAAUGAGUAGUAUUGCUUUGGUUAUAUCCAAUCUUUAUAUAAAAGGUGAUAAAAUAACUUCCAAACCCAAUGAUUUUAACGUAAAUAAGUUUUAUUGAACUCUUUUAUCUUUGUGAGUAUAUGCUGUUAAUGUAAUGUAUUUUUACAUACUGAUAAUGUAUGCUGCUGUGUUUGGUGUGUUAUUCUGAAUAACAGUAGCCUUGGGAUCUGCCAUGCAUGUAGGCUGGAAAUGCAUCCUUGUGGGCGAUACGCUUAUGAAGCAUCCAGGUAUUCAGUUAUUCUCAGAUAAUCACUGAAUUCCACAUGUGGAGGGCAUCACUGUGCAUGGAUCGCUAGGCUACCAA